GAUUCCUUAGCCUGCAGCUCUUCAAGUAAUCUGCGAGUUCUUCGUCAUUAUCAAUAAACUUUGAGAAAGAAAAAAAAAAACGAAGAAAUUUUUCCCCCUAAUUUACGAUUGGGUAGCGACGAUGAAGAAAUUAUCCGGUUUUGUCUGGAAAUUGUUUGCAUGAAGUCGUAUUAAGAGUAACUGAGGGUCCGUAUGGCCGAAGACAAAUAAUUAUGCUGAAACCCUUACGCCCAAAAUUUCCUCCAUCCUUCGGUCUCCUGAAAGACUGAAAAACAAACCAUGAUCUGCUAUGAUACAAUCCACGCAUGUGUCACGUAGCUAAAGUGUGUUACAUGUGCACGUGACUGGCUGAUAACAGUUACGGAAAAUGACUGACGGGGCCUGGGAACUGCAUCUGUACCCGGAAGCACCCAAGAUCACCCAAAGUGCUUUCCCUUUGCUGAGGUGCUACCUUGUGUUGGUUUUGUUCGAACUUUGUUUGUUUUGCCAUAUUUUCCGUAACUGCACUCUUGGCCAUUGGAAGGAAAGACUCUAAAAGAUCAACUGAAGAGAUGGGGCCUCGCUGAAGUUCCAAGACUGCAAUGAAGAGAUGAGUUAACACAAACUGAGUCACGUUUGUUGCUGUACCACGAAGGGAAUCUAACAAUGGCAGCUGUAGCAGCUACAGGGUCUACACUACAGAACGUUACUGACAACCAGAAAAGAUGGUUAGUCUUUGGAAUUGCACUCAACAAAGUCCUGGUUUCCCAAAUACGUUCGUUUGUACAGCAAAAAGUGCAGAAGGAGUAUGGUAAUCUUCAAACGAGCCACAGUAUUCACACUCAAAGCACAUCUGGGCGACUAAAGAAUUGGCCAACAUUUCUAAAGUACGAGAACAUCAAUGGUAACGAUGUAUUUCCCAGGUUGCCAGGUGGCAGGUAUGAUUAUUCCAAGUUUGACUGCCGAGUGACAUCACAUGUUGACUUUGCCAAACUCUAUGUAGAGAACCACAUGGCCAAGUUUAACGCCUUUGAUGAACACUGUGAUGCAUCUGCCGUUCUCGCCUUGCUUGGUAAAGUGCCACGAGUCUUCUCACUGGCUGUGCAGAGUGCUGCUGGUGAUGUUAGACAAGCGAGAAAUACCUGGGCACACUGUGUGUUUAAGGACUGGGAACUAUUGAGUUUUCAACAGAGAUUUGCUAAGAUGGAGACGCUGGUAAAAUCUUUAGGUUUGCCGAGUGCUGAUGAGAUGUAUCUUGUAAAUGAACUGAAAGACUGGCAAACAAAAGGUGCUAUACUGUGCAUGAAUGCUACCAUUGACCCUGAUCUGGUAAAGACGGUUCAACAAGAUGUGAGUGCAUUGAAGAAUGACAUWGACAAGAUGGCAUUUGAAGAAGAGGUYAACAGAGAGAAUGUAAAGAAGGCGCUACAUGACUCUCYAUUAGUUCUGGAGSAAWUGAGGGAAAGASUUGCCAUGGUAGAACAUGAACAAGAGGUCAUCAAGCAGGACCAAAGCUCUCUGUGCGAGAAAGUGAACACUACACAAGACCAAAUAAGUGAGCUUAAAUCUGAACAAGAAGAUGUGCAGCAACGUGUCGCAUAUCUGGGAGAACAUUUGGGCAAACAAGUUGCUAUUGCAGAACGAGAACAAGAGGUCAUCAAGCAAGAACAAGAGAUCAUCAAGCAGGACCAAAGCUCUCUGUGCGACAAAGUGAGCACUACUCAAGACCAAAUAAGUGAUGUGCAAAGACGUGUUACUUACCUGGAAGAUCAGCAGACCCAAAUACAUUCUGAAAUUGCCAAUUGUGAAUCAGACAUCGCCUUUCUUGCUGCACGUCAUGACGCAAUUACCAUACUCCUUCUGAACUUCUUGCUCUACAAACGAACGUACUUGGGAAACCAGGACCUUGUUGAGUGCAAUUCCAAAGACUAA